CGUACAUGCGCGUAACAGAAACUGCUUUCCUGUCAACUGGCGGAACGUUUCUUACGAUUGCCUUAAUUACAACCCAAUCCAAUGCCAAGCGAAGCUUCUCUACAUAUAUAUUUCCUGUUUGAAAUCUGAAAUUCUGCUAGAUUUGUGAAAGAUUUUUCGAUUGUUAAGCUUGGGCUCAAAAUAAAACUUGGAUCAGAUUUGCUGUAGGAGAAAUCAACUUUAUUGAGUUGCUGGUUUCAAAUCAGUUUUUAAAACUUAUCUAUUGCUCAGAGUAAUGGCAUCACCUGAAGAGUCCCCCGUGAUUGAAAACAAGGAAGAAGUGGAGACAUCGGUGAGAGAGAGAGGCUUAUUUAACAAAGAAAAGAAGGAAAAAGAGGAAAAAGACGAAGACAAGGAAGAAGAGAAAGGGGGAUUUAUUGACAAGGUGAAGGACUUUAUCCAUGACAUAGGUGAGAAGAUUGAGCACGCCAUAGGAUUUGGAAAGCCCACAGCCGACAUCUCAGGAAUUCAUAUUCCAAGCAUUAAUCUGAAAAAGGCUGAACUUGUUGUCGAUGUUCUUAUAACCAAUCCCAACCCUAUUCCUAUCCCUCUGGUAGAUAUUGAUUAUCUGGUGGAGAGUGAUGGCAGGAAACUUAUAUCUGGAUUAAUCCCAGAUGCAGGCACAAUCAGUGUCCAUGGGUCUGAAACAAUAAAGAUCCCUAUAACAUUGAUUUAUGAUGACAUCAAGGACACGUUUCAUGAUAUUAAGCCUGGAAGCAUUAUUCCCUACAAAAUUAAAAUUGCGCUUAUUGCAGAUGUGCCUGUCUUUGGGAAGAUAACCUUGCCUCUGGAAAAGGAGGGAGAGAUUCCUGUGCCUUAUAAGCCUGAUGUUGAUCUAGACAAAGUGGAGUUUGAUAAAUUUUCCUUCGAAGAAACUUCUGCAACACUGCAUAUGAAAUUGGAGAAUAAAAAUGAUUUCGAUCUUGCACUGAAUGCAUUGGAGUAUGAUAUUUGGCUUUCGGAUGUGAACAUUGGAAAUGCCAAGAUGACAAAAUCUUCUAAGAUUGAGAAGAAUGGGAUCAGUUAUAUUGAAGUGCCAAUCUCCUUUAGGCCUAAGGAUUUUGGAUCUGCACUUUGGGAUAUGAUUAGAGGAAAGGGUACUGGAUAUGCUAUGAAGGGGAACUUGGAAGUGGACACUCCAUUUGGACCUAUGCAAAUGCCAUUCAACAGGGAAGGUGGAUCUACCCGCCUAAAGAAGAAGAACAAAGAGGAAGGCGAUGAGGAUGAUGACGAGGAUUGAGCGAACUUGUGGAAUGCCAUUGCAGGAUAAAUAGGGAUAGGCUUUUGCUUUGGCGAUUGCAGUGUUAUUGUGCUUUUCAUACUAUACAAAGAACUUGUGUUCAUAAAUCUCCUUUACUCAAGCCCAGUCAGUAAUUUAUAAUUUUGGAAUGGUUACAUGCUACUUUUUUAACCGACUGAGCAACUUCUGUAGAUGUUGUCCUUGGAUGAAGUGGGAAUUUUGCAGGCAUUUAUGCUACUGUAUGGAUUUUAUAUUAUACAAGUAGAAAGAUCCAUGUAUUUAAUUACUUUUAUAAAUUGGCUGUAUGAGACUUGAUGCGUGAA